AUGAAUGGAAUAUUUGCAAUUGAGAAACCUAGCGGCAUCAGCUCCAAUCAGUUCAUGAUGCAGGUACAAAAGAUUUUUAAUAAUAGUGCUGUAUUCUCAAAAGAAAUCGAAAGAGCAACUGCAGAAAGAAGAAAGCAGUUUGAACAACAAACUGGGAAGAAAGCUAGUAAAAGGAAGUUAAGAAAAGUAUCGAAAGUGAAAAUGGGUCAUGGUGGCACGUUGGAUCCAUUGGCUUCUGGUGUAUUAGUUCUUGGUGUUGGAACAGGUACCAAACAACUUUCUCAAUACCUUUCUGGUACUGUUAAAGUGUAUGAAACAGAAGCACUAUUUGGUAUAUCCACUACUUCUGGAGACUCUGAGGGUGAAAUUCUAUCCAGAAAUUCCGUUAAACAUCUGAAAUUGGAAGAUGUGAAAACUGUUGAAGAAAAAUUCAGAGGCUCUUUGAAACAGACCCCUCCAAUAUACUCAGCGCUAAAGAUGAACGGUAAAUCACUGCAUGAAUAUGCGAGAGAGGGCAAACCGCUUCCUAGAGCUAUAGAGCCAAGACAAGUCACUAUAUAUGAUUUAGAAAUUCUUCCAAAAACAUUGAGUAAAGAUCAUGACUAUAAACUAAUCGAGACUGAGGAUGAAAGCAAUAGUCAAAUAGUGAAGGACUUAAAUGCAAACAUGCUCUUUGAUACAUUAUAUUACUCCAAAGAGUACGUUGAAAAAAUGAAUUUACCUAGCGAAGUUGCAGCUAUUGAACCACCAAUUCCACUAACUGACGAGGAAAAGCAAGAAAUUGGCGAACUUAAGGACAAAUACAGGGCACCACUUCUACAUGCGAAGGCUUCUGUAUCAUCAGGUACAUAUAUUAGAUCACUAGUAAGUGAUAUUGGAAAAGCUAUGAGGACCUCCUGCUAUAUGACUAAGCUAAUAAGGAUCCAACAGCAAGAAUGGUCACUUGAAAAAAAUAAUGUUUUCAAGUUGGAAGACUUUACAGAUAAAGACGAACAGGUGUGGGCGAAAGUGCUUGAAAUUGUGUUAGAAAAAGGCUCAUCUGUUAAUAUUGUAGAAGAAUUGAAAAACGCUGAAUCACUUUAUCAGCAGCAAAUUAAAGAUUUGAAGGUGAAAGAAACUGAAGACUUAGCUGGAGCAACAGGUUCCACAGCACAACCUGUUGUUGAAGAAACAGAGCAUAAUGAUUUGAAGAGAAAACACGAGGAGUCAUUAUGA